AUGGCGGGGAAUACGCCCCAGACCAGCUCUAAUGGAUUGGAUUUAUCCCAACAAGUCUUGGCGACGGCCUGUAUCGCUGUCGUCAACAACUACAGACGCUCACAUGUUACCAAACUUGAGGCAAUCAUCAUGCUCGUUGAAACUAUCUCAGGAGAACUAUUCGCUACCCCGGGACGAGUCUCAACUGUCACUGGACCCUACCUUGCCAUGCUCGAUGAAGUUGAGUCAGAACUUGCACGAGCCACUGAUAGCUCAACAAGGGGACGAACAACACACUCGGAUGAACCAGCACCUGUUGACGAAGAAGCCCCUUUACCAGAGGAUAGGAGUAGAGCAGGAUCUGUUGAGCCAGGAGAACCUGCUCGCAAACGAUCCAAGCUCGACUAUUCCUCUAUCGACGCCGCAGUUAAGUGUAGGAAGUUCCAACCGCUCUCACCCAGUCUUGAACAAACCAACGAGAUUCUCAAAAAUUGGUCGCAAGACCCGAAGGAGGUUCAGCGAUACCUCAUGUAUCACAAGUUCGGACCUGAAUUCCAUAAGAGCGGAUGGACAGAAAUCAUCGCAGGAGAAUGCAUCAACCUCGACGUUGUCCACACCAUCAUUACCUCUUCUCACACGGUUGACAAACAAACCGAAGUCCUCGGAGGAAUGGAAAUCAAGUAUGGAGUAUUGGAGGCAGCAUCCAAGAAAAUUGCCACCGACUCCGACUGGUACGCAGCGUGGAACAAAUCAGCUGAUGCCGUCAAAUUUGCCUUCCCUCACCGAGAAGCAGAGCUCAAUGGUUACUUUGCCUUUAUCUCCAAAUACUUCUCGCAAGCUAAUCCAUCAGCCCAUGGAAGAGUUAUACGCUUCAAUAAAGCCGUUAGAAACAGAGUCGGAUCUUCAUGCAGACUUGAGCUCACCAACUUCCGUGAGUUCGAAGACCUUAUUUUCUCGCAUUUCAACGCAGAUGGAAGACAGCGAAAUGAUCCCAUGGAUACAAAGUCCAGCUCUGGAAGCUCGCCCAGUACAUCCAACAAACAUGACCCAUGUCAGAAGUGGAACACUGGCGAGUGCUCCCGUAGUGCAGCCUCUUGCCGAUACGCACAUGUCUGCUCAUUUGAGCAAGACGGUCGCACCUGUGGACGUCGCCACACCAAAACGAAGCAUCACAAAGACUCAAAACCCAAAUCAACCUGA